AUGGCGUCAAUGAACUAUUGUUUUACAGUGUGUCGUGCAACUGAUGAAAAAGUUCAACAAGAAACGCAUUCGAACACGUCAACAGCCGUUGAUACACCUCACUCAGCUUCACCAAGCACACCUGGUGCUUAUUUUUUUGGGCGUUUCUUUUCAUUCGGUUCGUCACCGCCAGCAUCAUCAUCAACACUCAGCAAUCCAUUUGCUGUCAAAGCUGCUGGCUUUGCUGAUAUGGAUGAAAAUCUAUUCUAA